CACCGGCGUGACAGCACUGCGUUCUGCGUCACCCGCCAUCAGCGCCCGCCAUCCUCGAGCCCACGGACGGCGGGAAUUUCACACGCGUCCAUCCCCCUUCCUCCUCCUCCGCGCACAGCUCUAUCGACUGCAUUCAUUUUGAUUAGCUAUACAUGCAGACUUCGAGAAAAUAUUUGUGUGUGUGUGUGUGUGCCUGUGAGCGUCUGGAAAAUGUGCAAUGGAAAUGAUACUGCAUUUUCCUCGCAAUAUAAACCAAGAGUGGCCCUCCAAAAAUAAACAAUGUUAGUUUUUAACGAGAGCGGGUAAUGAAUAGGGCUCAGUGCCAAGAUGGUGGGUGCUAGUUUACUUUCCACUUGGGGGGCUCCUCGUGUACCCUCACGCAGGAUUCUUAACCUGAAUUACUUCCCCAGAGAUAUCCAGCCAUUUAAAAGGAUGGGAUUUGGUUAGGCAGCCUGCCAAAUAAAUAGCACAAUGUUUUCGUUAAUGAUUUCUUAGCAGCACCUUAACAACAAUACAAUUUUGUACGCACAUUAUCAAAGAGCAAGUUAUUACUCCAUGUAAGAAAUAUGUCUCCCGUUGGUAAAUCGAUCUUAGCAUCUGUAUUUGUAAUUCAGUUCGGAAUCAGUGAAUCACAGUGGUAGAGAGUUAGUUUCAAGUGUGUCAUGUACGUGUGGAUGACACAGCUGCACAGUAUGGUUUAGACAUGCAACUAUAAUAAUGACCACUAGAUGAGGCUCUUUCAUGGCUUAUCCCUUGUGCUGUUUGUAAAAGCCUUGAGGUCCUUGAAAAGGAUUGGGUUGUAUGCAUAAUAUUCAUUAUUAUAGUGACUGUUGCUUCUAUAAGGUUGAAAAUCCUCCUCCAAACCUGCGUAAGACGAGAUGGGUCUGACUGCUGGGUGGAAAAGGAGCUCAUGUUCUAGGCCUCAAGCCGCAGUCUUCACCCAUGCAGUGUAUACAUGUGCAUUUAGCAUUUUUUAUCCCCAUUUAUCGCCAGUUUGGAAAGGCCAGUCCUGUUCAUAGACCUGCCUUGUGACUGCAGCAUGCUCUGUCAGUUCAGCACUGCACAGAUUCUGAAGAACUGACCCUAAACUUUAUUGGAAUUCAACUUCCCUGACAUGGUCUUGAUGUGGUAAGUGACACUAAUGAAAGGGUAAAUGACAGCUGACGGCACCAGCUCCACACUACCUGUAAAUGUAUUUUUAUAUGCUGUCUAACACGCUGUUAUAUGCAUGUUUAUUGGACCAGUAAGUGAUCCCAUUGUGUCAACAUGGAACUCUACUUACAUUAGCAAAACAAGAGAAAUAAUUUCCUCUAUCCAGGGUUCCUAUAUGCCCUUAACGAUGGAAUAUUGCUUGCUGGUUCUUGCUUUUCGGUUGGUUUAUGCAUUUAAAGAAACUCAUUUUUACAUAGCUGUCUCUCCAUAAUGAAAGUGUUUUCUGGUUACUGACAGAGAUCAGGUUUUAAUUAAACUUGGAAGGAUUCAGUACAUUGACUGACAGGUGGGGUGCUUUGCCUGCACUGUGGCAUCAAGGCUUUUGUACUGUUUUCUGUUAACACACAAGUAAAACUGAUUUUCAGGUCACUGGACUAAAUGUCAAAGGUUAUAUUUAAAAGGACUCCUGACCAGUCUAAUUUAAAAUCUGAAAUUCAUUCACAGGAGUGAUUUUAAUGAAAGUUCACACAAAUGUUCUCACUGUCCCACAAAAGCUUUAAGGAUAAAGUCAAAGGUUAAUAUUAAGUUUGCAGGAGCUCCUUCAACUAAUAUCUGUCAAACAAACAGCAUACAGUGGUAAACAUACUGUUACCUAACAUCCAUCCUCAAAUUAUCCGACACUGUAUCUUUAUGAUAUUUAUGAUAUAAUAUCGUUAUGAUAAGUUUGUCAGUUCUGUCUUUUUGCCCGUUUGGCUAUGCAUACACAUACCAACCAAUGUCAGCCUCAAAUUGAAUAUUUUCAACGUGACGAUGUAUUGCCACAUUGUUUCAAUCAUUUCUGAUAAAUACUGGACUGACUACACAACACAUCAUUGUGAGCUCAUUUUCUUAGAUAUAUAUUUUAUUUAAUGUUGCUAAAUUUGAAAGUGGUUUGUUUUGUGUUGCUGCCCUCUAGCGUUUUCUUUUUGUAAAAUUGUAUUUACAUUAUAGAAACAACAGAGGGCAGCAUUCCGCAAUGAAUGUUCAAAUACCCCGCAGGAAAUAAUUCCCACAGGAAACUUUUGACCUGUACAAUUAACAUGUGCUUGGAAGAUAUAUCAACGUAAAUGUCACCUUCAUCUGUUAUAUCCUGUCUGUUAGGUAUUCACAUACUCAAGUAUUUCUUCACCUGAGGGCACCAAAAAAUGUUCUAGGAGUAAUCCACAUGACCAUUUCACUUAUAAUGAUGUGUAAUAGACACUGUCAUUUUUUGGGGAAUUUCUGUGAUUAUUUGAAAAUGAAAAAUCAUUUAAUUGGACCAACAAGGUGGUUAGAUGUAGAUUCUGUACCAAGCACAAUGGGCAUCACAGUAAAAUUGAUAAAUAUAUUUGUCUUCCAAAUAGACGUUGUCCUUUUUACUUUCAUUUAUCUUUUUUUUGUAACAGUGCCACCCAGAUGAUUCACUCCAAAUUUACUUACACACAUCAGGUUGUCAGAAUCAAUUAAACCUGAGCAAAUAGUGGACAAGGGAAUGCAUAGGCAGGCAUGCAAACACACACACUUAAGUUUUUUUUUUUUAUUUUUUUUUUUUAGUUUUGUUUUAUUUUAUAUCCCAAGAGGUAAAGACCUGUACUUCAAGAUGACUGAAAAUAGGAAAUGGCCUGAACAGGGCACAGUAUCAUAUAUACCUAAUAGAACGCGUACAGGUAGCCAAGAGCACUAUUGUCAUUUCUUUGUUACAAAUAAAGCUUGAGAGGUUUUGGUAGCCUAGUGAUUGCAUAGCAUACAAUAUUUGAGGAAGAGCACAAUGGAUUUCAUUAGACAACUUAUGAAAUAAAUGCGGCAGUUCUCUCCCUUUGUCUACUGUAGUCAAGUUGACGCAGCUCUAAUUUGCAUAGAAACGACUGUUUGAGCCACUGACUGGUGGAGCAGCGCUUUGGUCUGUGCCGUGGCCUCAAGGCGUUUUCCUCAUGUGUGUUUUUUUCUCUUUAGAAUCCUGAACUCCAAAAAAACAAGGAUGUUCACGGUUGUUUCAUUUUCACAUUUGAGUAGCCAAUAGGGCGUUACCACCAUACAGCCUUCUGAGCCUUCUUCACAGGACUUCAGUUCAUUUGAGAAAAACAUUCAUGGACACACACAAGGAAUCCACAUAGCUACAUAUGGUACUUUUGGCACCAAAACAUAGUAUAAAAAAGUUCAAUCAUGAGUAGCUAUUUAUUGAUUUAUUGUUCACCAAAAAAACCUAGCAAUGUGCGACCUUGCUGUCAUUACUUACUGAAUCAGUAAAACUAACUUACCAAUUUUUAUAGCUUUCAUUUUCCUAAGGUGCCAAAUUAUAGAGCAGUCUGCUAACUGAAAUUGACCCCAGCCUCGCCAUAACCCCUUCCUUACCCUAACCAGAGCCCUGUCCCCUACCCAGAAUCAGUCGCUAUCCAAAUCCUGAUCCUAAUGUCAACUACAUGUGAGAGAGACUGGAUUUAGAGUUAUAUAUCUGUGGACAGGAUUGUUGGAUGAGGUCAUAUAUUUAGCAAUUUUAUCCUUUGCCAGUACAUUCUACAAGCCUUCUAACCUGAAGGAAAUAUUCAUGAAGUAUCCCACCAAAAGCAUUCUUUGUGUGCUGUUCUGUCAGGUAUUCUCUGUCUUGUCUAAAUAUUGCCAAAUCACUGAUUACUGUUCUCUGUUCCCUGACAUAUUCCUCACACACUCCCACCAUCAACUCAUUGGAGCAAGUCACCUGAUCUCCUCGCCAAAAAGUCACUUUUACUAUAUUAAGAUGAGUGGCGAGCCAGUGGAGCCUUCAGAACCACACUCUGAACAAGCAGACAAUGAACAAAAUGGACUUAACUUCACCAGACAGAUAAAGACAGAGGACAUUGAGUCUCCUCAUGUUGUUAAGACAUGUCACCUGACACAAGGAUCUCCCAUCUCUGGAGCCCAGCUAACAGGGGAUCUGCCCUCCUUGCACCCCCUACAACAGCUGGUAUUGGUGCCUGGGUCUCACCUCUCCUCCUCCUCACCCUUCCUCCUCUCUCAGACACAGACCGGGCACCAGGCGCUAUUGCAGCCGAACCUUCUUUCGUUGCCCCCGCAGUCACAGUCAGGCCUACUGCAACACCAGCCUGGAAUAGCUCUCACCUCCCAGGCAAUGGGUCGGACAGGUUUGGGGGGGUCCUCACUAGACGGCCACCUGGAUAUGUCCCAUCUGCAGCUCCCCAAGCACAUGCCUCCCCCACAGCAGGAUGAGCCCAGUGACCUGGAGGAGCUGGAGCAGUUUGCCAAAGCCUUUAAACAGAGACGCAUUAAACUGGGUUUCACUCAGGGGGAUGUGGGCUUGGCCAUGGGGAAGCUGUAUGGAAAUGACUUCAGUCAGACUACCAUCUCGCGCUUCGAGGCGCUGAACCUCAGCUUCAAGAACAUGUGCAAACUGAAGCCCCUACUGGAGAAGUGGCUGAACGAUGCAGAGACUUCCCCCUCAGACGCCAUGACCAAUUCCACCCCCGUCCCAACCCUGAUGGAAGGGUAUGGGAGGAAGAGGAAGAAGAGGACAAGUAUUGAGACCAACAUCAGACUCACACUGGAGAAGCGCUUUAUGGACAACCCCAAGCCCAACUCGGAGGAGAUCACAAUGAUAUCAGAGCAGCUGGCCAUGGAGAAAGAGGUUGUGCGGGUUUGGUUCUGUAACCGGCGGCAGAAGGAAAAGAGGAUAUACUGUCCCAUGACCACCCCUCCCAUGAAGCCACCCAGCUACAACUCUAGACUGGUCACCACCUCCAGGUCGUUUAGUCCACUCGCCGCAAGUGGAGUGUCGUCCAGCUCCUCUCCCAGCAGUCCCAGUCGAGGAUCCUCCCCCGGCACGCUCUCGUCUGGCUCCGGUACAUUAACAUCACAGGGGGUUACCCCUUGUCUCAACACUGGGUCUUGGUAUCGGACAUGGAACCACCCGUCCUAUCUCCACUGAAAACUUCUGAUCCUUCCUUAAUGGUGGAAAUUUGCUGGUAUACAAGCUGAAAGCUGAUUUAAUUACAAUUGAUCUUCCAUAUGCUAGUCAGAAGUGGAGAAGCUUUUGAAUUUUAAAAUAAAAUGCAUUAGUGGCAAAGCUUUUCUACUCUGAUUUAAACCACACCAUUAACAAGCAGCUUUGGUGGUCAAAUUGACCACAUAAUGGACCGAAGAAGAUUAAAAACAAACAGCAGGCUACAGUAUCAGCACUGAAAUCUCCCAGCCUACCCAGCAAGGGGAUUGAGCAGGGUUAUUAAAAUAGUGCGACUUGUCAACAUACUGGCAACAAACCAUAAGUGUGUCAAGUUCAAAUGAAUGGAUCGCCUUGUUUCAGGUUCGGUAUGAAUACCUGGUUAUGUAUAGUUCUUAAACCUAUUUUAAUUACCCUGGGGCUGGGAUUUCACAGUAGUCCCCUCUUGAUGAUGUCGUAAUGAGUGGAGGUGUGCAUGUUUUGGAGCUUAGGACUUACUCAGCCCCAUAUUGACGUUUACAAUACUGUUUGUUCAGAACUUUCCCUUGUAUUUAUGUAUGGGGAAUUAAGACAUCUAAAGAAUCUCAGCCAUUUGAAGAUGUCUAAAGCAAAUAUUUUUUAAUAUUUUCAUCUCUAUACAAUUUUUUUUCAAUGAGCAGAUGUGUAUGGGGUAAUUUGGUUUUCAAAUGAUGCUCUUUGUGUUUUGUAUUUUUCUUUGCUGAGGUAAACUUUUUUUAACUUUUGCAAUGUAUUUUCCUUUCUGAAUGCCUCUGUAAUAGAUUAAGAGCAGACAACCAUAUUGUAUCUUGUAUCUUAUGAACAGAAAAGUUAAAUUAUAAAAUGUCUGUCUGACACCACAUCACUUUAUCAGUUAUUUGUUCUAUGCAAUGUGGUGUUCAACUGUGAGUUUUAAAACUGAAACUUUGAAGGGAAUUGUUUGUGUUAAAUAUUAGUUGUAAAUAUAAUUUACUGUUCUUUGCAUCUUAAGGAAAAUGUCAAUCUUUUCUCUGUAAUAUGUUGUCUGUUUGACUGGUGGGAUGAAGGAACUGAAUUCUACCAUUUUCAGUUUUUUUGGGUUUUUAGUUUUUGAAUAAGAAAAAUAGACAUUAAAGUUGAGUAUUUUGAGAUUAAA